AUCUUUACCCGCCUAUGCGCAUCCCCUGUAUCGGCCAUUUUGAUUGAAUUCGUGAGAUUGUGAUGGAAAUUUCUAUACUUCAGAAUCAGUAUUAUAUGUGAAUUAGCAGUGUAAUAUAGUAGCUUUGAGACAUAAAAAUAACAAAGCUGAAACAUAUUCUUCAAUUUGUGACACUUCAUGUGUAUAAUAUUGUGUUCUAUGAUGACAGUGUGACAGCAAUUGGAGGAGACUCGUGUUUUUUUGUUGUUGUUAUUGUUCUAGCCCUAUCCAAUUGACUGUACAAUAGUGCUUUUGCACACAGAAAAGCCGACUUGGCAGAUUCUGUAACGUUAGUGCUACAAAUACUUAACACCAUUUCUUUCUGAGAAGUGCUUGAUGUGGUGCAAUAUAUAUAUAUAUAACAGCUGAAUGGUGUUAUUUACUUGUUAAAAAGUUUCUUGUAAUUAGAAAUACUGUUAAUUUGUAUUUUUGUAAAGUCUUAAUUUAUAAAGUACAACUUCAUAUUUGAUCUCCGACCAUAUCCCUUGAUAAACAUGGCAAAAGAAGAAGUGAGGCAAAAUGAUGCUUCAAGUGAACAAGGAUGGAAAGCUAAGCUUAAUUUACCACCUCCAGAUCACAGGAUCAGAACUUCUGAUGUUACAAACACUAAAGGCAAUGAGUUUGAAGAUUUUUGCCUAAAACGAGACUUAUUAAUGGGAAUAUUUGAAAAGGGUUGGGAAAAGCCAUCUCCUAUUCAAGAAGCCAGCAUCCCUAUAGCUUUGACUGGGCGUGAUGUUUUAGCCAGGGCUAAAAAUGGAACUGGAAAAACAGGAGCUUAUGCUAUUCCUUGUCUUGAAAAAGUGGAUUGCAGCAGGGAUUUGGUUCAAGCACUUAUCAUAGUACCUACUCGAGAACUUGCCCUGCAGACUAGUCAGAUUUGUAUAGAGCUCAGCAAACAUAUAGGCUGCCGCUGCAUGGUCACAACUGGAGGCACCAACCUCAAGGAUGAUAUUAUGAGACUUACAGAACCCGUUCACGUCAUUAUUGCCACACCUGGUCGUAUUUUGGACUUGAUGAACAAGAAUCUGGUCAAGAUACAGAACUGUGGAACACUCAUUUUGGAUGAGGCAGAUAAAUUACUUUCUCAGGACUUUAAGGGUAUGCUUGACAGCAUCAUUGGCCAUUUACCUAAAGACAGACAGAUCAUGCUAUAUUCUGCUACAUUCCCUCUCACUGUUGAGGCAUUCAUGAGAAAACAUUUAAAAAAUCCUUAUGAAAUUAAUCUAAUGGAGGAACUUACAUUAAAAGGAGUUACCCAGUACUAUGCGUUUGUGCAAGAAAAGCAAAAAGUUCAUUGUCUCAACACCUUGUUCUCUAAGCUUCAAAUAAAUCAGUCAAUCAUAUUCUGCAAUUCUACUCAGCGAGUUGAGUUGUUAGCAAAGAAAAUCACUGAACUUGGCUACUCCUGUUAUUAUAUUCAUGCUAAAAUGAACCAACAGCAUCGUAAUAGGGUUUUCCAUGACUUCCGUAAAGGGCUCUGUAGGAACUUGGUUUGCUCUGAUCUGUUCACAAGAGGUAUUGAUAUUCAGGCCGUGAAUGUUGUCAUCAACUUUGAUUUUCCUAAGCACUCAGAAACCUACCUGCACAGAAUAGGACGAUCUGGAAGAUAUGGACACCUUGGUGUGGCUAUUAAUCUUAUUACUUAUGAUGACAGAUUCGCCUUACACAAGAUAGAACAAGAAUUGGGCACAGAAAUCAAGCCAAUACCUAAAACCAUUGACCCGUCUUUGUAUGUGGCUGAAGCUCAACAGAUGGAUCCAGACACUGAGGAGGAAUAUUACAGACAGCAGCAAAUGCAACAAAACCAGCAGCAACAGCGUGCUAAUAGCAGUCACCAGCAACAAGCAGCACGAGGGCCUCCUACACAUCAGCAGCAAACUGUUGCUUAGAUGUUCAUUAACAAGUAGGACUGAAUCAAGUAUUUAAACAAAUUUAUACAGCAGUGUUCUCUUCCUUUUCAUUUAGGAGAUUUCAACAGUUUUUCAAGGAUGUUUGAAUGUGUUGGGCACCAGUGUUAAAUGUGGAUCUCUCAUGCAUGUGUUUCAGAAUUGUGCUAUUUAUUGGUCCAGUAUUUUUGCAGCUGCACACUAAGGGACAAAAUGACUUUGUGAUUUACAUUUUUAUUAAGAUUCACAACAAAUCUAGUAACUGCUAUCAGAACAUUAACUGGCUUUUACUUUACUAUAUACAUGAGAAAGUUGUGAACAUUUUCACACGCUGGAUCAUUUUCAGCAAUGCCCUGUGCUUCUUUGAAAUCAGUCAUUCUUUUCAAUUGUUUGACUUGUAACUGGCAGAGUAAACAAAAUGGAGACUGGUUAAUCUCUGCAAAUAGUCAUGUGCCUUGAAAGUUAUAAUAUUCUACAGCCGGGAUGUUUAAGCAUGAAUGAUCAAACCUUAAUUUGAAAGCAAAUAUUUGAGUGUGCCAUAAUGACUCCGCUUUUAAUUCUGUAUGGAAUACACAAGACCUCAUGUUUUAACAAUCAGCCUAUAAAAAUCAACUGCUGAAUGGCUGAAGAUUGACGUGUCUAACUUUAGGGUGAUAUACAUGUAUAUCUAUUGGACAUACAAAAGUCAAAGGGAUAUGGAGCAGUUAUAUUCCAGAAAGGCAUUAACAUCAAUGAGGACAGAAUACUUAUUAAACUAACAGAAGCAUAUGCUGCAUUCAUUAUAAACUGGACCUGUAAAUCCUUAAUUGUGCUCUAGACAUUCUGACUCACAAAGGCAGCAUUUGCUUUCAUUUGUUUUCAUUCAUCUGUAAUUAUCAUGGAAAAAUUGACUUUUCAGAAUGGUGAUCUUAAUAUGUGGUUUGCUUGUUCAAUUUUUCUGGUUUAAGUUUGGUACAUAGUAAAAUUUAUUUAUAAGUAAGUGUAAAAAAAAAUUAUACAUUUUUUCCAGUUGUAUUCAUACAAUGAGAAAUCUGCAACAUAAAUAAUUCCUUAGAAUAUCAUUUGAUGAAGGUAUUUAUCAUGAUUGUUUUAAAUAAGGUACAGUUUCAAUGUGGUUUAAUUACAUGCUUUUUUCCUUCACUAAAAUAAAAAGCAUAAAAUAUUUUAUUAUUCCACAUUAAAUGAGUGGUUGAGACUAUACAUUUAUAUAUUCUAUGAAACAAAGGUGUUCAAUGUAUUUUGUGUGUGUAUUUGUAGUAUGAUUGUUUGCAUAAAUCAUAGAUCACUUAAAAUGUCAUGGGAUAUGGAUGGAAUAUGUUUAGGUGUAAAAGAUAAAAUGAACAUGACCUGAUAAACUGUUGAAUUUACCAAAAUGUAAACAUAACACUGCUUAUUGUGUUGUUUUUUUCUUCCCAACCCAUAUGUUAGCCUGUUGAUGUAAAUAAAAAGAAACUGUAUGUAAUGUACUAGUAAAUUUACUGCAUUUGUCUCUUGGAUAGAGAUGGAUGUUUAUACUGGUUUAUUUCAUGUGUAGUUGCAUAUCUAAAAGUGAAGUUAAGUCUCAGGUGCAAUUGUUAUUUUAGCUUACUAAAGUGUUUUUUUUUUGUAGUUAACUGUUGCCGUUGAUUUAACUGCUUGUUGUUUUAGACAUGUUACCAGAAUAUGAACAUACAAGCUUUUUUUUUUUAUUUCGGAAUAAUUUUAACUUAAACAAUAUUUAACUUGACCAUUUGCAGGAAGAAUAUUAUUCCUUUAAAUUUAACAGUUCUCUUGCAGUUAACUACAGGCAAUGUUUUUAGUGUUUGAAAGGCUCUUGCAUAUUCAGUAUGUAAAAAGUUCAAAUGUUAUGCAAAAAUAUGAAAGAUAAAAAGCUCUGUAUGCCUGGUUUUAAGUUAAUGUUAUUGUAGAUUUUAAAGAUUGUUUAUUUAAUUUAUAUAGAAUUAACUUAGUUUCUAGGCUUUUAGUUUGAGGCAUAUUUUUGGGUCAUCAGGGGUAGGGGGUGUGACAAACAAGUUGAUGAAUUUAUAUUUUUCAACUGUAGGCUGUGAAAAUAGCUAAACACUGACAAAUAAGACUACCUAUUCACAAUCUCAUUAAGUUCAUCAAUUAAAAAUGUAUGGUUGCUCACAUAAAAGAUAUUUCAUGUAUGCUUUUAACAAGGCCAAUAUUGUAUUAUAAAUUGUACAAAUUUGCUGAGUGGUCCAGACUGGAUCUAUUCAGAGUAUCAGAACUUCAAAAUAGCUGGACUGUAUUCAGAAUGUAAAUAUCUUUUGUGUCUGAUAAGGAAUUUAACCUGCUGUGAUGCAAUUGUCUUGGGGUGGGUUGGGGAGGUAUGUUUUUCUGUUAAGGGCAUGUUAUAAUCCCUUAGCAGACAUUCUCUGUCCUGCUUACAUUUUCGGACUUUUAUACUAUGUGAGUGUACUACAGUGUGGAGGUGAGCUAUUUUAUGGAAGUCAAAAUAUUCUUUUUCAAAUGUCUUAAUACUAUGUGUCAAAGAAAGACCAUAUUAUUCUAACUCUAAUGGUCACAACAUUCUGCUACUAGACUAAGGAGUCUCUGUUUUUACUUCAUCAAACUUGACAUGUAGCAGUUGUACAUUGCCAAGAAUUCCUAAGGUACAUGACUUUUUUCUUUUCUGAAAUUGUUUGUAGAAAGUUUAGACUUUGUUUCCCUUUGCUAAGUGAAGAGUCCAUCAGUGCCUUGUUACACCCAUUGACAAGAACAUCUGCAUGAUUUGAAACUAAAAUACAUUCAUUACACUUCGCUUGGCAUUGUGUAAAUGGGUUCUAAAGUUGUUUGCGUCAAACAAUUCAGUUUGUAUCUUUUUUUUUUGUCAUUUCAGUUAAGCUUGUUAUUGGAACAUUUGUUUUAGCAACUUUUUUUCUAUUAGGGUAACAAAGAUUUCUGGCAAAUGUAGCUGUCUGAUUUGUCAGAUUUAUCACCAUCAUUAAUGAUCAUUUUUUAAGCUUAAAAAUAGUGUACUUUAGUUGCUCCCAGUACACUUUAUCCUCUUACAUGAUGUCCACAAGCAAUCUUUAUCAUAGAACCAUCUUGAAGAUCUAAAUUUUGUUACCAGUUUUGUAGGAUGGCAAGAUUAUUUGACCUGUGUGAAUCGCAGGUAUCCACUAAAAGCAUUAUUACUGAGACUGAUCUGACUUGCCAGAUUUUAGUUUCAUUCAGGGGAGCAACCGUCUUCAGUAACCAAAACAUUUAAUUUUUAAAAAAAACAAAAAAAAUUAAACACCAUACCAUAUUAAAUUUUAAAAUUUGUUCUAAAAUAUUAGCUUUGAUUUAGUUGUGCCAUAAAUGAAGUGUUGAAAUUUGGCACUUGAAAGUUUUUCCCCCCUCUGUUUAUAACAGCCACCUUGAUUGGCAAUAUUGUCUGCACUCAUUUAAAAUUUUGGCAUCAAACUGGAGUGCGUUAAUAAAUUAUUUCAAAUUUGAAGAUAAGUUCUAUUUUUGGGAACAAUUUACUUUGUGGUGUAUUGUUAAAUACACUACAAGGGAGUGUACUGUUUCAGUGUGUUUGAUAGUGUGGAUGCUAUUUUUUUUGGACAAGUAGGCAGAAAGUUGUUACUGGAUUUAAUUAAGAAAAAUGUUUUUUGACUUAAUGAAUUUGUCUGCAAGAUUGAAUGGUUGUCUUAAGUGGUUGUUUUUCAAUGGCUACAUCAAAUGUGAAAUGGCAGAACUCUUGUAUUAUAGGGUUGGAUUUGAUUCUAAUCAAAUUGUUCAAGUAGCUCUUGCCAGUUUGUUGGCCAUGGUGGUUUUUGUUUGUCUGCUAAUUGUAAAAGACCCCAGAUAUUUUAAUGAACUAAAACCUAGUUCUAUUUCUAUAUAUUACAAUUUUGGAUACCCUAGCUAUCAGCUUAAAAACUAAAAAUACUUGUCAUUUCUAAAUUAUGGGGCAUAAUGAUUUUUUUUUUUUUCUGCUUUCAGUUAAAUUGUAUUUCAGAGACAAGUUGAGUAAUAAAAUCAUUGAAAGCACAAUU